AUGGAGGUGCCUUCUGUAGUCAACAGACCACGAUGGACAGGAAAAGAUUCUAUCUGCGUUGGUCUUUCGAUAUUUGUGGCAGUCAACGUACUCAUGUGUCUUUGGGUAGCAGCGGUCUCAAUGUCUACAGCACGUCGUCAAGCUACUGCCGUCUUUAUGGCAGUUGAGAAUGCUUCUUCUAUCUCAUUCAACCUACAUUUGAACACUCAUUCUACUUUCAAAGAAAGAAUAAAUGUAACCGGGCGAAUUUAUCCGCGUUAUUCCAAGUGCUUUCAAAGGCUCUAUUUCGAUGGUCGCAUGGUAGUCACUUCAAUGAAUACGAGCGAGAUGUAUGCUCUGACAAAUCAUCGCGGAUAUCGUUGGCCAAUAGGUGUAAGCAGCGUGAACGCAACAUGUUUGAGAACCCAAGAGCUUUUACCGUUGCAUACACUGGCUGAUACGGUGCACAGCGCAAUUUGGUCGAGGAACUACUCGAACUUUUGCGUGCUGGGCAAGCCGCUGCUAUUUACGUUUAACAAGACACCGUAUACAAUGUGUGCCGAGGAUUGGCUUCGAGCGAGACUUCAAAUGACCUUAGUGACGAACGGCAGUUUUGUAUUGAAAGCUCCGAAUCCAGUGCUGAUGAUUUAUGGCGAUCAAUCGACGCUAGAGCUCACGGUUUUGUCAGAAUCCGAAACGCCGGUAGAUACAAAAUCAUCAUUUCAGCAGCUUGACACCUGUGAGUAUUUAGAGGCACCCAUGACCUCAGGCGAGAUCUGCUCCUUCUGGCCAAUGCGCUGUCCCAAUCCACACCAAGAUAGUUGUACGAAUCAAACAAUCAUAACGAGUAAGGCAUGA